CAGGGAGGAGGCAGGGGCUUGGCCACCACCAGCCACGUGCCCCCAGCAUGGCCAGACCCUCCCCGGCAUCGCCAGCCCUGCAUAAAAGCGCUGCCCUUGGGGAGCCCUGGCAUCCAGCACUCCUGCCUCGCUCUGCUCAGGACAAGGGCUCAACUCUCUCACACAAAGAUGUCUUGCUACGACCUGUGCCCACCAAAAACCGGCGUGGCCGUCCCCCAGCCCAUCGCUGAGAGCUGCAACGAACUGUGCGCCCGCCAGUGCCCCGACUCCACAGCCUUCAUCCAGCCUCCGCCCGUGGUUGUCACCUUCCCCGGCCCCAUCCUCAGCUCCUUCCCCCAGCAAGCCGUGGUGGGCUCCUCCGGAGCACCCGCCUUUGGGGGCAACCUGGGGCUGGGGGGCCUCUACGGGGCCGGGGCCACGCUGGGCUCGGGGGGCCUCUGCACCCCUGCCAGACCCUAUGUUUCUCCCGCAUGCAGCCCUUGCGUCUUGCCGCGCUACAGCAAGAAGCUCUGGGACACCUGUGGGCCCUGCUAGACCCACACCCGGAGCCCUUAGAGACACGGGGACGCCUCUCUUGAAGCCCACACGGACAACCUGCCUGCCUCGGCCUGCUGUGUCUUUCCCCAGUGGGCGCUUUCCUGCACUGCAAUAAAACAAUCCUGCAUCCAAUCCCUGCCUCUCU